UAAGCAUGAGGGACCUUUAAACUUAAAACUAUAUCUCUAAAUUUCCUUGUUAACGAACGUUCGUUAAAUUUCACUUCUUUCGAAAAUGUCUUUUUUCUUAAAAUUUGCAUUGAUUCCGUCCAAAAGGAUCGUAUCUUCGAGUGGCAAUAUAUCGAAGAGCUUGUAUAAAAGAAAAAUGGCGACCGAGGUGGAAAAAGCACAAACCGCUACUCCCGGCGGCGAUACUAUAUUUGGAAAAAUAUUGCGUAAAGAACUACCGUGCAACUUCAUUUACGAAGACGAUAAGUGUGUCGCAUUUAAAGAUAUCAACGCCCAAGCUCCUGUACACUUCUUGGUAAUCCCAAGAAAACCAAUUUCACAAUUGUCAAAAGCAAGUAACGAGGAUGAAGCUUUGUUGGGGCAUUUGAUGUUGGUAGCUCGACAAGUGGCAAAACAAGAAGGUCUGGAUAAUGGUUUUCGUUUGGUAAUCAAUGAUGGAAAAGACGGUGCGCAAUCGGUCUUUCAUUUGCACCUGCAUGUACUCGGCGGUAGGCAGAUGCAAUGGCCUCCGGGUUAACGACUUACGAAUUAUACGAUCUAAUCUUAUUUCGCACGAAUUCGAAACUCAUGUAUUACAAAUAUUUCCCUUUCGAAUGUUAAUAAAAGGAUGAGGUUAUGAAAUAUA